AAAGCGAGCGCUCCAGUAAGAGCUGCGUUCACUGCAUUCAUGCUGUUGUGAUUGUGGCUUGCUGUUGGUUUAGUGCUUUAAAGAGCCUCUCGGUUGUCAAACUCAUUGUGCCGUGUUAGUUUUUGGCCUUGUGUUCUCUGUCAGAGCUGUGUGAGGAUCCCCUCAGGCACAGAGAGAGUUAAAAAGAGGCUAUUUAGCCACUGCCUUUCCAUGUGAAUUCCCUUCGUGGACAUUUUUUUCCUGAACAUCAGUUGGAGCUCUGAAUGUAAGCCGUGAGAACGUGAGGUGCUGCGCUCCUUCAGCUCAUCAGCUCUGCUCUGGCGGACAGAAGAUCCUCACAUGAUAGUGCUUAUACAGACUUUAGUGCUUAUACUGACUUUUUCUCUCUCUGUGAACUCUGAAACAGCAUCUCAUUCUGCUCUGAAGACUUUCCUGUAGCGCUCAGGACAUCCUCAAACAGGAAGUGUUCCCUUGAUUCGUACCGUCUGAAGUCCUGAUAGAGGUGUGAUGGCGAGGAUAUCCGGCUCCACUCACAUUUGCACGCUGGUCUUGUCUUUGUGCUUCCUGGUCUUUGAGAUUGUAGUCGGUCAAAUCUGCAGAUCUCUCCUCAUCGCGGUGGACAGCUUCCAUACACUCUAUGUUUUCAUAAAUCUGGCUCUAUCAGCAUUAAAGCAUCAUCCUGCUUCUCCCUGCUCACCUGAGCCCUCCACGACCGCAGGUUCAUCCCGUCCAGACGUCUGUGCUUCAGGAGGUCUGAGUUCUCCGUGUGCUGAGGACUACAGGAGGAUGCGUCUCAAACCCUUCGGCGUCCUGAUCUCGGCUCUGCUCAUGGCGUCUCAGUGUGUCUCCAUUAGUCUGGAGAUUCUCACGCAUGCUGUACAGCCAGAACCCAUUCAGCACCCACUCCUGUCUAUUGUUGUCGGAGGAGCCAGUCUGAUAUUUAACAUGCUGGUUUUGGCCUGGACACGAAGCAGCAGAGGGACGGAUGAAGCUGCUGAUGGCUGUGAGGAUCUUGAUGAUCAUUGUGUUGUAGGAAGUGCUCUGCAGGAUGACGCACUGAUGUUCUGCAACCCUGAAGCAUCUGGGGUUCUGGAUCCAGAUCAAGGCUCUCAGCACCGCUCUUCUGAGUUACCGGAGCCCAGCAUCACUGAACCAGUUCAGUCCAGUCAAAGUCAAAAGUCUAAUUCCAGAAUCAGUGAAAGUUCACAGGAAAUCAUUCCGGAAGAACCGCACCUCUCCACCUGCACCGAACGCACCGUGUCCCAGUGUAUUCCUGCAGGACCCGGGUUCAGAAGAGCGCAGCUGGGCUCCGUCGCUGUGAUCCAGGACCUUCUGAGUUCAGUCCUGGUUUUGACUAAUGGUCUGGUUCUCCUGCUGUCUGCGGCGCACUGCCACCGGCCUCACUCCGACUGUCAUCUCCUGGUGUAUCUGGACGCAGGUUUCUCCGCAGUGUGUGUGCUGGUCUUGUUCUCCACGGCCCUGCCGAGGCUGCGGCGCUACGGGCUGCUGGUGCUGCAGGCGACGCCGCUGCAUCUCUCGGUCGCUCAGGUGCGGCUGUGCCUCGCUGAAGUACCGGGUGUGCUGUCGGUUCACGAGCUGCACGUGUGGCAGCUGUCGGAGGCGCUGCUGGUGGCGUCGCUGCACGUUCACUGUCCGGACGGGCUGAACGCAGCGCAGUGCACAGAUCUGAUGGAGAGGAUAAAAGCAGUGCUGUCCGCUUUCGGCAUCAACCACAGCACCGUGCAGCCGGAGCUCAUCCGGAGCGACGGAUCGGGACGCCCGCUCUGCAGCUUGCGCUGUGGGCAGCAGUGCGCGGAGAAGCUCUGUUGCUCCCCUCAGCUGGACGAGGCCGGCUGUCCCAGGACACAGAGUGCUGUUUGCUCUCCAGCAGGUGUUGAUGAGCACAGAGACGUGGUUAUUGAGAACACGUACCUGUGAUUCAAGCUUGGUGUGUUCACUGCAAGUACUGUACAUGACGGAGACUCCAGCAAUAAAUCCAUUUAUACUAGAUGCAAAAAACUGAUUUAUUCCCAGCUGAAGCACUGAGAGGAUGACGUGGUCAGAUAUAAAGACCUCUAAAUGAUCAGCAUGCAUACUUUAACAAGUAAAGGCCUUUAGUCUAAUUGUGCAAAUGUGCACUUUUUUUGCUGUUAAAUAUUUACUGAUUUUUAUCAAGUAAACGUAAGAAUAACUUUUAUAUUUUAAGAUGGACACUUACUGGACAGAAGCAACUUAGGUUUAUUUGAUUAUCCAGAAAGGUUUUAGAAAAAUGAUAUGAUCAAGGGGCUUUUGAGGAACGUUUAAUUGUUCAUCUCUGAUUGUAUUUCAUUGCAUCAUGUUUUGAGAGUGACGAUGUAAGCUAAGUAGUCUGUUAUACAGUUAUGAACAUCUCAUUGAUUUACAGUACAUUACAAGCUUCAGAAUUUCAUCUCAUUUUGUCAUAUUUUUGCUC